AUGAAGUUCUCCGGCUCCUUCACCGCCUUCGUCGUUGCGUCGGUCGCCACCGCCAACCUCGCCGCCGCGGCGCCCAUCGGACAGGUCAACACCCAGGCCACGAACCAGACGUCCAACUCGCCCUCGAUCCAGACGUCCAACGUCGACCAGAACAACAAGCAGAACGCCUACAGCUCCAACCGCUUCGACGUCGACCAGUCCAAGAAGUUUGACAUCGACGUCGACAACUCGAAGAAGUUCGACGUCGACGUCGACCACCGCGAGAAGAACAUCGACGUCGACGUUGACCAGCGCAAGAACGACAUCGACAUCGACAGCACCAAGAUUGUCAACAAGCCCGACGUCGGCGUCCAGGCCGGCCUCCAGAACGCCUACGUCGCCAAGCGCGGCGGCCCCGGCGGUGCCGCCUUCGGCUCCCAGGGCGCCUCGGCCAACGGCCAGGGCGGCGCCUCGCACCAGGGCCAGUCCAACCACCCUGUCGUCAGCGGCGCCGGCAACUCGAUCACCACCGGCGGCGCUCAGGGCGCCGAGAACAACGGCAUCGGCGGCACCAUCACCCAGUCGCUCGAGCAGCUCAUCCAGAAGCGCCUCUUUGCCGCCGGCAAGCAGGGUGCCUCGGCCGACGGCUUCGGCGGCCAGUCGGCCCAGGGCCAGUCCAACGUCCCCGUCGUCAGCGGUGCCGGCAACUCGAUCACCACGGGCGGUCAGCAGGGCUCGCAGAACAACGGCCAGGGUGGCCAGAUCACCCAGAAGCUUCUCCAGCAGCUCACCUCGCGCGGCCUCGGCACGAUGCUCGGCUUCGCCGGCGGUGCUCCCGCUGCUGGCGGUGGCGCCCCCGCUGGCCCCGGCGGUGGAUUCGCCCAGGGCGGUCAGUUCGGUAGCGCCGACGCCUUUGGCGGCCUCAGCAAGCAGGGUCAGUCGAACCGCCCCGUCCUGAGCGGUGCCGGCAACUCGCUCACUUCCGGCGGUGCCCAGGGUGCCGAGAACAGCGCCAAGGGCGGCAACGUCGGCCAGGAGCUCCUCCAGAAGCUCGGCGCCCAGAAGCGUCAGCUCGGCGGCUUCUUCGGCGGCGGCGCUCCCUCGGGCGGUGCUCCCGGUGCCUACGGUGCCCAGGGCGCCAGCGCCAACGGCCAGGGCGGCUACUCGUCGCAGUUCCAGUCCAACCGACCCGUCGUCUCGGGCUACGGCAACAGCGUCACCACCGGCGGUGCCCAGGGCGCCACCAACAACGGCCAGGGAGGGAGCAUCAGCCAGUCGCUCGAGCAGCUCCUCGGCCGCGACGUCCAGGGCCAGGGCCAGGGCGUCGGCCAGGGCACUCAGCAGUUCGCCGACUCCAACGCUCGCGGCGGCAACGCCUACGUCGUCGGCGCCAACGGCCCCGUCGCCCUCGACGGCAGCGCCCGCGGCGGCUACGUCGGACAGACCUCUGGCAGCAAGCAGGCCGCCGGCCAGUCGGCCACCCAGGAUGCCAGCUACUCGGCCCAGAACAACUUUGCCGCCCGCCCCUACUUCCGCCGCGCCGUCCAGGGCCAGGGCCAGGGCAUCGGCCAGGGCACCGGCCAGUACGGCUCGGCCGCCGCCUCCGGUGGCAACGCCUUUGUCGCCGGCGCCAACGGCCCCGUCUACGUCAAGACGGCCGCCCAGGGCGGUGCCGUUCAGCAGGGGUCCGCCUCGGAGCAGCAGGGCUCGCAGAGCGGCACCCAGGGCCUCUCGUCGACGCAGCAGAACAACGCCGCCUACGCGCCUUACUGGCGCCGCGAGGUCCAGGGCACCUCGCAGGGCUCCAGCCAGUCGACGACCCAGGCCGCCUCGAGCGACGCCAAGGCCGGCGACGUCAACGUCGUCGACGUCGACGCCGACCGCAAGUGGUUCUGGACCCACGAGCCCGAGUUCAAGUACGCGCCCCAGGUGAUUGACACCAGCGCCAAGGCCGGCUCCGUGUCGCAGAAGUCGGAGAGCAACCAGGCCAACAGCCAGAAGUCGGGCCAGGCCAACAAGGAGACGCAGUCCAACAACGUCGGCCAGGCGCGCCGCGGCGUCGAGGUGACGCACGAGUUCACCCACGACCGCGACCACCUCGUCACGCUGCGCGAGUUCAGCCACGACCGCGUCCAGGUCAGCCGCACCGCCAAGGUCGACCGCCGCGGCAUCUUCCAGGGCCAGAACGGCGCCGCCAACGCCGUCGGCGGCAACUCGGCCGACUUCCAGAACAACGGCGGCUUCGUCACCGGCGACGGCAAGUCGUUCACCUCGGGCGGCCCGCAGCUCUCGAACAACUCGGGCACCGGCGGCCAGCUCAGCCAGCUCCUCAACCCUCAGCAGUAG